UAUUGGUCUCUCCCUGUCCUGCCACUGCGACUCAUGCGAGCUAUCGGAAAAUGGCUACCAUACUUGACUCGCUCUUGCCCCCGAGUCGACCCACCCUUCCAACUCGCUUCUCCACGCCAUUCCCUUCUUCUGCUUCUUGUCUUUGCACUCGCAGAAACCAAUCGAUUACAGCCUUGUCAAUCCCUAGGAGGAGUGCAAUGGCAUUGAUUUUAUCAACAUGUAUCUUCUCAAAAGUUAGUUUACAUGAUCAAAUUGCAUUUGCUGAACCAUCAUCAGUUGGGUUCCGAGAGUACAUAGAUACAUUUGAUGGCUAUUCAUUGAAGUACCCUCAGAACUGGAUUCAAGUUCGAGGUGCUGGAGCUGAUAUAUUCUUCAGGGACCCUUAUGUUCUUGAUGAAAAUCUCUCAGUAGAGAUGUCAUCUCCUUCGUCUUCCAGGUAUAAGACUGUUGAAGAUUUGGGUCCUCCGGAAGAAGCUGGUAAGAAAGUACUUAAGCAGUACUUGACGGAGUUCAUGUCGACAAGGCUCGGUGUUCGGCGCGAAUCGAAUAUACUUUCCACUUCCUCAAGAGUUACUGAUGAUGGGAAGCUAUAUUAUCAGGUUGAGGUGAACAUAAAGUCGUAUGCAAACACCAAUGAACUUGCUGUGAUGCCACAAGACAGAGUACCAAGAUUGGAAUGGGACCGGCGGUACCUUUCGGUUCUUGGAGUUGAAAACAACAGAUUAUAUGAGUUGAGAUUACAAACACCUGAAAGUGUAUUUGUAGAAGAAGAAAAUGAUCUGCGGCAAGUCAUGGAUUCUUUUAGAGUCAACAAGGUGGCUGGCUGAACAGUUUUUAACUUG